GGUCCGGUCCUCUGUCUGAGUCCAGAUCGCUCCAGCGUCAGUAAGAGGUUUACCUGCCCGGAGCUCAGGUCUGUCCGAGCCGCUGGAUUUUACGAAUCAGCCACAGCGAGUUUUUAUUCCGGAACAGAGAAACAGAGACACGUUUCACCCUGACAGAUCUGCAACGUUUUGAUGUCGCAUUCCUGAAGUUUCUGGAGAAGUGAGGCGACCGACCCGGCAGCAGACAGCGAGGCCGCCAGAGAUCUUAUUCUUCAUCCCUUCAUCCUCUUUAUCUGAGCGCAGAUAAGGGCGUGUUUGGAGGAGAGAGGGACCCAGUGUUUGCUUGGAUAUGGCUUUCCUGUGCAUGAGAGAGAGACAGAGGGAGCUGAGCUGAGGUCACGGCCUUCCUCCUCUCCUCCCAGAGUCACAUGUCAGCGUGAGGCACAGCCCCCGGGGUUGCUAUCGCUACACUGACCGACCCAAAUACUUGUAUACUCAGUUGGAGAAGCAGCGCAGACUGGAUCGGUCUGUUUGGACUGUGAAGAGCCUGAAGAGCUUCUUAUCAAGUGAGUUUGCUUUGUGAGCUGCUGACAGACUUUAACUCACCCAGAGGAGGAUCAGCCUCUCUCAGAUCAACAGAAGACCACCUGACAACAAUCUGUCAGAAGCAAAAUGCCGGCAAAGACGCCAAUGUACCUGAAAACGACAACUCCCAAGAAGGGGAAGAAGCUGAAGCUGCGUGACGUCCUCUCAGGUGACAUGAUCAGCCCCCCGCUGGGCGACGUGCGUCACAGCGCCCACGUGGGGCCCGAAGGUGAAGGCGACAUGUUCGGAGACGUGGGCUUCCUGCAGGGGAAGAUGAGCAUGCUGCCGUCUCUGAGCCGGACGCAGAACGGACACUCGCGCUCGCACAGCGUGGAGAGAGGCCCGGACGACGGCUUCAGCGCCAAACAGGACUCACACAGCUACGCCUACAACGGUUACCACUACCAGCACUCGUCCUCCGGCCUGCUGAAGACCACCAUCUCCAUGCCCGUGUUCAUCGCCCACGAGCAGGCUCCACCCAAACCUCCACGCCUCCACCUGGACGACCCCUCGCCUGCCUCUCUGCCCCCCCAGCAGAACCACUUCCAGAACCAUCAGGCGGAGACGAACCACAAACAGGCCAACGGCUUCGGUCACGCAGACGGCCACAGACAGCAGCACCCGACCCGGUCGCUCUUUGACAACGGCGUUGUUGGUCGUUUGGCUUCAGAGCCGUGCCGAGACAUCUCCAUCUCCCCCAACAUCCGCAGGCUCGUCCCGUCCUCCGGAUCCUUCUCGGAGGUCUCCUCUGAGGACUCCAUGUCAGAGAUCUGCGGGCCCCUGGACGUCCGCCGGGGCCUCAGCCUGGAUUCUGACGCCGGCCUGAGUAACGAGGAUCUGAGGAGCGAACGCAGCGACUCGCCCUGCGCCGCCUUCCAGCCGGCCGGCCUCACGGUCUCAUCCAAUGUGACGCGUUCAGACUCUAUGGCGGGUUUAGACCUGGACCUGGAUCUGGGUCCAUCCAUCCUGGAGGAUGUCCUGAGUAUCAUGGACCGCUUCAAGACUGAGGACAACCGCUGUGAGCUUUGAAGAAUGGAACAUUAAAGGAAGAGUUCACCGUAAAAUCAAACACAUAUUUUCCUGCGGCGCUUGUGUCUGAUGAGCUGCAGAGUUUUGGAGAGAUUUCGACCAUUUCUACAGAAAAAUGGAGGUCGAUGACACAACGUCUCUUCCCAGAAAUCAUGACUCAGUACUCAAGAUAAUCCACAGAUCAUCUUAUGAGCUGUUUCACUUUCUUUCUGAGCAUCUACUGGUGAAUGAGCGGCUCGUUGCCAGCUCUCCUGAUUUUCCAGGGGGAAUCCCAUUUUACAUCUCCCAGCUUCCUCCGUGGUUCACAAAGUUUUUACAAAUUUUCACAACUUUCCCAUCCAAGUUUUGUGAAUCUGCCGUGCCAGGUCUCAAAGGAUGUGAGCACCACUGCUGUCCUCCUGAGCUGUAACAUUAGCUCAGUUUUCUAGCCUGCAUGUUUUCUUCCAGGAUUAUUGUGAGACUGUGGAUUAUCUCGGAUCAUCUUUAGACUUUUCUCCGUCUGAUAUCUCCAAAACUCUGCAGCUCGCUGCAGAAGUAUCUACAUGGAUGAAAACAACUGCAGGGGAAAAUAUGUAGUUUUGAGUCUUGGGGUGAACUGUCCCUUUUAUACAUGAUUUCAUAAAUCCUUAAAAAAAGAACCUUGGGAAGACACUGAAGGAGGACAAGGGACGAAGGAGAAAAUGUCUUUUUCUCGUCGACUCAGCAGCUGCGUUCACGUUGACGUUAAACUUUUCUGCUGGACGUGUCGGCAGCAGAGGCAACAGGCUGGUCCUUUAUCAGAGCUCGACCUCAGACUCAGAAACACUUAAACUGUUUGUAAGCUAACAAAGAGAGGAACUGCACUCAUCACGACACAUUCCUCUGUUCUUCAGACGACAUACCAGCCUCCACCUGCAGCACACAGUCUGUUAAUCCGACCUGUGCCGAGAGAUUUCUGCUGGUUAAUGGUUAACAGACGUCUGUCGACUGACCCGGAGGAGGAGAGAGAAGUCAGCAGCUGUCAGGACUCAGCAUGUGUUCACACGGAAACCACAGCUAUUAAUACAUUCAUUUUUACAACUUUUAUCAGUGCGUAUUUCUGCAGCAGAAUUAAAACCACACAUGUGUAAACAUCAGUUACACUGCAGUUCAGUGCUGAAGGCCAGAUUGUGUCCUGACUCGUCUCAGCUGCGACUCUUCAGCACCAGAUGAAAUGUGAAGAACUCGUUAUUUUACUGUCCUUCUGUCACAAAUGAAAGAUAAACAGUCUCUCUGUUGUGCUUCGAUGUUUCAGCGGCAGAUUUCUCUUUUCUUGUCAGACUGAAACUGAGGAAACUUCUUCUUGUACUUCAACUAACAAAAUGUAAGAAAUGUGCUGCUUAUAGAUGAUUUUCAAAUACUGGACUUUUUCAGAAAGCUCUUCCUCCAUGUUGUGGCUGUCGGCCUCCCUCGAACAUUCACUGUCUGCAUUAUCACAGUAGCCUAUUACUCAAAUGUCAUCUAUGCUGUGUAUAUAUAUAAAUAUAUAUAUAUAUCUCACUGUAAGAAUAAAAUGUUGAUAUGAAGAAAACUG